AUGAUCGCCAAAGGUGGUGAAUCAACGUCUCUUCGCAGUACUGCCGCCGGUCGCGAUCAGGUCGCACACGAAAAAAACGACGUACCCUCGGUUUUUCGCCGGCUUUCCACUUCAGAGCUGCUCAAACAUCUGCUGAGAUCGCGCGAAGAUCUAGCCAGCCUCGAUGAAAAAACAGGCGAGGACGCAGCGAAAAAUGGCGAGCAUGAGUCAUCUGAGAAGGCUACGGCUGUUACACAUGAAGACUCCAUGACUAAGUACGCUUUUUGCGCGAGUAUCGCAGAUGAUAAAGGAAGUUGGGCCGGUAGUACAGGCAUUUCCUGUACCACUUCAGCCGCGGUGAGUCCCUAUUCCAUCCUAGAAGAUGGAAGCAUGGACGAUAUCGAUAACAGAGCCUACCUGUCAACAGACGAAGUACAAUUAUUAUUACAACCACGAAGCGUCGAAGGGGAGUUUUCCGAUGAGGACAAUAGCAUUUUGGAUUUCAUUUUGGCCGGCACGGAGAAAACUUUGUGCAUACAAUCGCCCAGCUGUAGUGAAAAUGCCAGUGAAUGUGAGGUUAGUCCGGACUUCAAGUUCGUCGAUUCGUUGCCCUUUGGAGGUCCGGAAAAGGAAGUAUCGGGAUCGGAGGUUUUAGUGUUGCCGUCUGUGUCCGGCGUCGGUAGUUCCGAUGGCGAUAAGACUGACAACGACGCCAAGUCUUGUGUGGUUUCCGGUGAAGAUACUGAUAGUUCUAGUGAAGAUGUCAAAGAUACAAUGGUAUUAGUUCCUACUGAUCCUCUAGAAUGGAGCAGCUCACACAUAAAAUCCUGGCUGGGCUGGAUUACUCGGAAGUUCUCUCUUCACCCGAAACCGGACCCCGAGAAAUUUCCCGGAACGGGUGCAGAAAUCUGCGAUCUAAGCAGAACCGAUUUCGAAGUCAAAGCCGGUAACGCCAGAUCAGGUACAAUUCUUGCCAAAUAUAUAGCCCACCUACGACAUAGCGUAACUGGGAGGUCGAGUAGUCCUUUGGACGUCGAGUGUAAAGAAUUUGGAGAUGACACAGAUGACGAGGAUCAAGAUCCGUACCAGCUACUCAACGCCGCCACCAGCCGAUUGGUGGCGCAGGGCUCCGGCCAGAUCCAACUGUGGCAGUUCCUGCUCGAGCUGCUCGCCGAUUCGUCGAACGCGGCGUGCAUCGCGUGGGAGGGGGCGAAUGGCGAGUUCAAGCUCACCGAUCCCGACGAGGUGGCGCGCAGGUGGGGGGAGCGGAAGUCGAAGCCGAACAUGAACUACGACAAGCUCAGCAGAGCGCUCAGGUACUACUACGACAAGAACAUCAUGUCGAAGGUGCACGGCAAGCGGUACGCCUACAAGUUCGACUUCCAUGGCCUGAUGGCCGCCUGUCAGGCGCAGGCGCAGGGCCAGCCCGACAUCCACCCGCCCUUCAAGUACCAGCCGCACCAGAGCGAGCUAGGCGCUGCCCUUUACCCGGCGACGCACGCGGGCGCCCCGCGGCUGCCCGGCGUGCUGCCCCCUGCGACCGGGCAGUUCUCGGCGCAUGGCUACUGGCCGUACUCGCCGGGCGGGUUCGACCCGAGAGGGCCGCCCUUCAAUUAGGUGAAGCGGCAAGAAGGAGAGAGUUUCUGAAUGUGAAACCAGUGAUAUCGAAUAUUCCCUACACGUGUAGUUUUUGACUACAUUUUUGGUGUGUGUAUAGGGAUGUAUAUAGGGAUGGAUGUAUAGGGAUAGAUUUUUGGGUGAUCCAGAAUU